ACUCCAUCGAAGAAAAACGGGGUUGGCUUUAUGUCCUCUUUGUCGACGGCGAUGGAGUGCGCUGCGAAGGGGUUAGUGGCGGAGCCGUGCGCGGGCGGCGCCCACCGGCGGUGCGGCAGCUGCGGGGCCGUCGCCUACUGCUCCCGAGCCCACCAGUUCAUACAUUGGACACUCCAUAAAGAAGAAUGUGCAAGGCUUGCAACACAAAUGAGUCACAUUGAUGUGCUCAGCCAAUUUCCAUUCGUAUUCUCCAUCGAAUCUCCCGCUCUGGUGCUUCUUUUUGGAAUCAUUCAAAGUUCACCUAAAAGGACUCUGGAAAUCGGAAUGCAGAUGUGGCCCAGAGAUUUCUUCUGUCAAGGACUUAAGCAUAACAGCUGAAUGGAACAUGGAAAGCUCCCUUUGCCCAUGUACAGAACCUGGAAAUUCUUUAUCUGCCCCCCUGGCAAGCUGGGAAGAGUACUAUCGGUGGAGAUCCCUUCCUUUACAUUCACCUGCUGCAGUUUUACUUCACUGGCCACUUACUCUAUAUCAUUGCCUUCAACUAUCUCGUAUCCAAGCCUCAAGAUGUGAUGCCAACGACACUCUGCGCAUUCACUAUUUAGGACCUGAGAAAGAGCUACUUCAGCUUCCGGUGUUUGCAGAGCUGCUUGCACUUUUUCCAGGUGUCCACCUUUGCAUUGAACUUGUGGGGCCAACAGUUCCUAGAUCUAGGGAUGGUGAAGUUCUUAAUAUUUCCAGCUAUGCACAUUGUUCUGCUGAGAGCUGCUGCUGUAGAUCCUUUGCUGCCUCAGAGGACGUGAAUUGCAGUGCGCUGACACUCAAACUAUGGAAAGGAGUUUAUCAUGAGAGAUAUAGUGACAUGGACUCAAAUCCUCAUCUUAUAGUUGCCCCAAAUGCAGGUUUAGCUGCCUAUCCUACUUGGUUGCCGACAAUUGAAAUGAUUAGGAAGAUCGGGAUUCCAGCAAUGUUUACGGACUUCUGUGAAGAAGCUGCUCACCUAGCCUCUUGCUGCAUAAGCUCCAUAACUGGUCAACCCCUGAGAGUUCCUAUCCAGGUAAAUCCUUUCAGGCAGCCGAUUGCAGAGAAUAAUAGUGCGCUAUACAUACCGUGCUACUCGAAUUGUUUUAUUUUUGGCAUGUAGAAUAGCCAGUUAGCCACUUUGUAUCACCAUGAAAUAUUCAGGACUUCAAUUCUGGAGAAUUGACAUUGUAAAGAGAAAGAUACUAUGAAAUGUAUUUAACAUGGAUGAAAUUUCCCUUUGUUCUUUUUCAGUAUUUAUAUGUUUCAGAAAA